AUGUGCUGUGUGCUUUCUGUUGAAGUCAGGGUGCUUCGAAAUUAUCGACGUCUGCUAUUGGCAUUGCAGAAAGAUGCUGGCAGCUUCCAGGCUUCGCUGCAGACCUUCCGGGAGCCAGGGGCCUUCAACGAGAGUGCCGUGCCCGAGGCAGCGUCGCAGCUGGUCUUCGCUUUGGUACAAUGGGCGCUAGCCUCCGACCCUCUUCGCAACGUUUGCCUGCCAGCUCGCAUAAACUCGAAGUGCGCAGUCACUGGAGAUAUGAAGAAGAAGGUUUGGAAGCCAACUUCAUCUUUCCGGAUCUGCCAGGCAAAAUGCAACAGUGAAGCUGUCGAGACCUCGUCUUGCUGUGUGCACUCAGCAAAGACCGGACAGUGCCAAAUGAUAUUCGGCGGCAAUGCCACCCUACCUGCCGAGCCGCAGGAUCGAAGCCGAGCAGCGCUGUGCCGCCCUUUCCCAGUGGCGCGGGUGGCUGCUGAACUCGGGAAGCUCGUCAAUUUUGUAUCCCGCGUCCUCCUGGAUGAGUGA